GGACCGACUUCAUUCAUGCCGACCCACGCACCCCUCGGAAAACGACGUAGAUGCGGCAACGUGGCAAGGACCCCGGCACGCACGAAAUCUCGGAUUUUGCAGAGAACCACGGACCACGACCUGGAGCCCAACUUCGUAGAGAUCCACCUUGACGAAGGGGAUCCAUGACGACGCGUACCGUGACGUCAUCGUUCUUUGACGACGUUCUACCGCGGAGGCGUCCGCUGGCCGCGUGUUGGCGUGGUGCUCGAAAACCUUUGGAGAAGUGAGCCGCGGCUUAAUGCUGGUCCGUUUGAAUCGCGGCAGGCCGCGUUGGUUGGUUCAUUCAAGUGCCGAUAUCGACGGUGACGUUGGCCGCUCUUAGCACCGCGACGCUGGUGCUGUUCUCCUGAGUUCGCGCGGAUGCGGCCUUCUAAAGGGCCGAGCCGGAUCUGUGUUUGAUUUCUGUGGUUGUUUUGGUUUUGUGUUGUGCCCUGUGGUAUGGCAAGAGGAAAAGCCGUAGCAGCAAUCGACUGGUUGUUGAGGUGUUACUUUUAUCAAGAUGUUGACCAUGCUGACGAUGCAUCGGGAAAGCGAGGAUAGCAGCACAGGUGAGGGAACGUCACGCAACUGGCCUCCAUCAUCUUCCCAACCGAGAAGAUCUGCAUCGUCUUCGGCGGUGGAAGAAUUCGUGGAUAUAUUGCAGGUCCAACAGCUACUUUUGGACAGCGGUGGAAGGGGCAGAGGUGCUGGGGAGCCUCAAAGCUACGUACCUCCGCCGAGCGCCUAUUACCAUGGUGGAUAUGGUGGGCCUACCAGUACUGUUGACGAUUUGGUUGCUCUGUGGUUUGCGGGAUCCUCUGCAUCAGUGCGUCCCGACGCUGCUUCGAGCCCAGCGGCGUCGGCAAACAUGAUCAUGGACGGCUUGGAAACGCUGCAAGUUCAGCACCAUCAUCACCACCCUCAUCAUCAUCACCACGCGUAUCUGCUGACGGAGACGGCGGCCUCGGCGGCCGUCGCUCACCACUUCAACGUGCUUAGCUUCGACACGUGCCUCUACAAGACGACGUCCGGAGACGGCGCCGGUAGUCCGGCGUCGGCGUCCGUUUGCUCGACGACAGCGCCCGAAGAGGACGCGACGCCAACGGCGGAAGCGCAGACGGGCGACCUCAACACCCCCGUCACCACUUCUGGGGACAUACCCUCUUUCUUCGGCCCCUCCACGGUCCUGGAACCUCCACCGAUAACAGGUACCUUAGACCCGGAAGAGAUCUCAAUCGAGCAAUCAUCCCAAGAGCAACAGCAGCAGCAUCAGCAACAGCACGUUAGUCCGCAUCACUCCCCAGCCUCCAGCCAUUUGGGCGAAAGAAGUACGCCGCAAGAAAGUGCCCUGAGCCCAGGACUGAAAGACGAGAGUACAAACCAUAGCUCCCUCAGUAUGUAUCCAACGCAUUCCAAUAACAACAAUACGGUUGGUGGUAAAAUGUCCCACAGACAAGUUUACUCCUCCGCACCAAGCCCCAACUUAUCCGGAAAUUUGCAAAUGCAAACGAUGGGCGAACUGUCAAAUCAGAGUAUGACCCACUCUCCCAACACCGUGAAUCCUUGGUUGUUAUCCAGUGGCGAAAAGUCGAUAUACUCCGGUAUGUUCGGUCUUUUGGGUAACUCGCAGUCUCCUCAACACCAAUAUUCAGCCACCCCAAGUCCAGUCCAUCCGCAUUACGAAGAGAGAUCGGCGGAGCAACUUAUAUUGAGCAUGGACUGCGGCAGUAAUAUGACGUUGAAACAGCCACCGUCGUACCCUAGUUGCUCGUCUGUGGGGCUCCAGCUCGACAUGCAGCAACAAGAUUUGGUGCAUACGAGAGUUGGGCAACCUCUAGUGGCCAGUUCUGUAAAAUACCAAUGGGAAACGCAAGACUUCGGCAGUCCUCAGGGCUCCAGUGCAUUAAUAGUACCGGGACCAAGUGGUUUAGUUCCAAAACAAGAACCUUUUUCGACAGGGUGUUCCGGCGAUCUCGGACAAUCGCAACAACAACACACAGGCGCGGGUUAUGGGGUGCAGUUGGCGGAGUACAAUCCGAGUACUAGCAAGGGACACGAGAUUUUAUCGCAGGUGUACCAACAGAGCCCGGUUCCUCUCAAGCUAGUACCGGUUAAACCGCGAAAAUAUCCGAAUCGCCCGAGUAAAACUCCGGUCCACGAGAGACCGUACGCGUGUCCGGUGGAAAAUUGUGAUAGACGAUUCUCGAGGUCCGACGAGUUGACUCGGCAUAUCCGGAUACACACCGGUCAGAAACCGUUCCAGUGCAGGAUAUGCAUGCGGUCUUUUUCGCGGUCCGACCAUCUCACCACGCACAUCAGGACUCAUACGGGGGAGAAACCGUUCUCUUGUGACGUUUGCGGUAGGAAGUUUGCGCGUAGUGACGAGAAAAAAAGACACGCGAAAGUGCACCUGAAGCACCGACUGAAGAAGGAGAGUAAGAUGUCUGGCAACCCUUCCAGCAGUCCUGCUCCACAACAGCAGGCGCAGCAGACGCAUCACCUGCAUCCGCACCAACAGCAUCACCUCCACGCCAGCCACACAAUCACCAGCGAGGACGGCAUGCAGUUGCCGGUGGUGACGACAACUCUCUGAGAGGAACCAUCGGCCGAGCUCACAGCCGGCGAUUGUAUUCUGUUUAUUCAAGAUGACUGUGAUUUAGUUGCAAAUGCUGCUCAGAUUAUCUACGUGAGGAUAGAACAGGCUGACGACAAUUGAAUGCACAAAUUGCUGUUGCCACAAGAGUAACCAUAUGAUCUCCGUUAUGAAUGUCGUUCCCACAAUAAUUGUGUUUGUGUAUGCACUGAAAAUUCAUCCCAAAACAUAAACUUUUGGUUGACCGAGUAGUCAAACUGGUGGACUCUCAUUCUGGGACGGGAAGAGAAUGUUUUAUUCGAAGGCUCAAUUGAAAAUUUACGAACCAGAAUGAAAGACACAUUUUGGAUGGAUCUUAUGAUACGCGUGCCAUUAUCUGAAGAUCGAGGACCUUUUGCGAAAGAUGCGAAAGUUAACAUUAUCUAUAUUUUAAAAAUAUAACCCACCUAACACAUCGAGCCAACAGCCUAUGUUACCCUACUGAUACCCCCUCCCCCAGUUGACAAAAAUUCCAUUGCAACAAAAUUUUGGUAGCAUAGGUCCUCGAUGUCUUUACUUUUAAGAAAAAUUUAACAAAGGCUUUAAUUAUUAAUAAUAGGUAUUUAGUAAGCACAUAUUAUUAUUGUUGUUGCCAAAUAACACUGUUUAAAACUGUUUUUACACAUUCCGUACUAGGUUUUUCAAAUUGAAAAUUGUUGAUUAUUGUGAAAAAUGUAAUUUAUUUAUUUGUUAAUAUAUAUGUGUUUAAAUGUAUGCAAUUGACAGUGAAUAUAGAUGAGCUGGUAAUCUGUGCCAUAAGCUUCAACAGUCCAUACCUUACCUGUUGUUAUUUUCACCCAAAAAAUCAGAGCCAUAUUCACGAACAGACUUCAAAAAACCUAUAUUCACUGUUGCAAGUUAUAAAGUCAAUAUGAAUCAAGUGAGAAGUCUUAUACGCACAUGAUGAGUGUCAUUAAAGUUUAUUGUUGGAUCAAAUGAAUCUCCUGUUGAGCGGAAUAACUGAGAAUAUCAUUGAAGUUUCAAAUUUAUCAAAAAUGCCUUAAGAAGUGUCUUGCAUCCCUGGAACUUAUUUAGAAACUAAAUUACGAGUGAACCUGGUUUGAUUGAUAGCUAGGAAAAAAAUAGAUGAAAUGUUAGAUGAAAUUUGAAUGCCCCUAAUCCAUCACUUCAUAAUUGGAUCAAAAAUUUCAAUUCCAAUAAUAAAAACGACAAUCCACUGAUAAUUUUUCAAUUUUGUUCGUUCUGCCCUUGUGAGAUACAACUUAAAAUGUUUCUGUGAUUAACUUGUGAAUAUUCUGAUUUCUAUAUAUUCUAUAUUUGAGAUUUUUACCGUUCCUAUGUUGAAAUUUCGGAACUGACAGGAGUGCACUUUUUCUAUUGAGCACUGAGAGGUAUAAUGACUGUCUUUUCUACCUUUAGAAUGUUAAUUACGAGAGUAUGAAGCUUUCUAUGUGACUUCUUCUUGGUCACGAAACAUCUAACGAUGGGUUGCCAUAGGCCUAAUUUCAUAUUGAUUGCAAAGUUUGUAUAUAUUGUAUAUUUAAACUUUAACCAUUGUUGUAUAUAAUGUAACGUGAGGUUCAAAUAAUUGUUGAGAAAUUACCCAAUCCAUCUUGAGAUAACUGUUACCCCUGUCCUGACAAAAUUCCCACUUUAUCCUUCUCCCAAAAAACUACACCGAAAUGAUAAUCUAUUUUUAUAUCCUUGAAAAAAAUUAGAUGUUACCUUUAUCAAACAAGGAAGCUGUUAAAAUUUCAAUUCGACUAUUGAGGCUGUUUAUUGUAAAUGUGAUAUUUAAAAUACAUGUUGUAAAUUAUUAUCACAAAUUUGAAAAUCAUGUUUAUUUAUUUGUUCAUGUCGAAGAAAAUCAUUUUGAAGCAGAUAUAAUUGCAAUCGAUGUUGGAAGUAAGAAAUAUAAAAUUAUAAUUGUGCUCAUCUCCGUUGAAUCACACAACUCCGAUCAGAAAAUAAAUAAUUUGCUAAGAGAA